AUGGAUUCAGUGCCUAUAAUUGUUGUCUCAGGUUUUUUGGGAUCGGGAAAAACUACACUUAUUAAACGGAUAAUUGAUGAGAAUCCAGAGUACAAAUUCGGCUUGAUUCAAAAUGAAUUCUCCCAACAAAUGGGCAUUGAAAAACCAUUAUUUAUUGAUAAUGAUGCUACAAUUUACGAGCUUCCAAGUGGUUGUUUAUGUUGUUCUGCAAAAUCUGAAUUGGCCUUUGCGAUUGAUUCGCUUAUCCGCGUGCGAAAUGAUUUGGGCUAUGUUCUAAUCGAAGCUUCUGGCAUUGCAAAUGUGAUAGAAUUAACUAAUUCCCUUUGGGUAGAUCAUAACGCUAACUGUAAAUUUCACUUAUCUUCCGUUGUAGCUCUUGUUGAUGGAUUGAAUUUCAUUAAAACAAUUAAUUAUGAUGGUACAAUGGCUAAAAUUGCAACGAUGCAAAUUAGCAGUGUGUCAAAUAUCAUAAUCACAAAAUUAGAGAAUCCAUCUAGUGAUAUUGAGAAAAUUGUUAGAGAAAUAAACCUAAAUUGUACUAUAUAUUACUCAAAUAAAUUGGACGUUAAAGAAAUUAUUCAUUGGAAAGAUUUUGCUGAUCAUCCAAUAAUGGCAUCAAUAUACGGCUUAAAAGAACAUUUGGAUAAAAGUAUGACCAAAUUUAUCCACUUAAAUACUCUACCAAAUGAAAUUCUAUCAUUAGCUAAACUUAAUGAUGUAAUAGCGUCUCUACUGUGGGCUCAACCCGAUGAUGAUGUAUUAGGGUGUCAAAUUCUUAGGUGUAAGGGAAUAUUUGUUGCAAUUAACGAUGCGGAAUCUAUUGAUGAACAGCAUUUAUCAAUGGAAUGGAUUUAUACACUGCAAGGAGUAGGCAAUAUGUAUGAAAUAUUGCCCGUAAACUCAAUCAUCCACAGAAAACUAACAAUGGAUGGGCCGGAUAACAAGUUCAUUUUCAUCACUGGUAAGGAUAUUAGUAAGCAAGACCUAGUAAAAGAGUUACAGACUUGUAUAACUAAUAAAAUAUAG